AUGGAUGUUAUGAUGAUGAGCGAUGGGCCCGGUCGUCGUUUGCGAAAGAAUGUGGCUAACGUUAGACGACACGUUGAUUACGUUGCUACAGUGCUCAAUCACGCGGAGUCUCGACUGUGGUUGUACAAGCGGUGGCAGCGACCGGUUCAGCAGCCGGACGAGUUGUACCAAAAUACGGCCUUGCCUGCUCGGUGUACUCCGGAAAUCCCGGUGGACUGUAUUCUCACGAAAUUUGUACGAGCCGCGAUGAACAAAGUCAAAUGUCCAGUGUAUAGUUUAUGUGUAAGUUUUAAAGUGGGCGAUCUGUUCCCUAUUUAUCUGCAGUGGACUCCUGAGGGUAAACGACUGAUUACGGGUGCAUCAACGGGCGAGUUCACAUUAUGGAAUGGAACAGCUUUCAACUUCGAAACAAUUCUACAGGUACUGGAAGCGGUAUUGUUCUGUCCGUAUGUAUUUUUAUUAUUACGAUCGUAA